AUGUCUCCAGCAGUUCCAACCAAGCGAGCCGGCCAAGAAUAUGGCGUGAUCCGCAGUUUUUUGGGGAACGGCCGCUACAAGGUCCAGGUUAUUCCCACGGACGGUAGCACCAAGCCUUACAUCGUCGUCGGAGUUCUUCUUAACUUGGUCCGUACAACGGUGGGAGAUUUCGUGCUUGUAUUUUUUCGCGAACCGAAGUCGAAGGAAGCUAUCAUCACUCGCGUCUUUAGUAGAGCCGAGGCUGAAGUGCUAAUAAACCGUGCUGAGUUGCCCAGGCACUUUGAUCUUAUUAGCGACGAUAAUUAG